AUGUCGGUGGUUCACGACCGAUAUCGAGUCGUCAGCAGCCUCAGCUCGACACUUUACGGGCGAGUCUUCGCCUGCGAGGACAUGCAAAAAAGAAAGAUGACAGACCUCGCCCCCACCAUCGCUCCUGUUGUCAUCAAGGAGAUAUCGCUUGAGCGCAUGACUAAGUAUAUGAGGGAGCACCCGUACGACGGCCACACUCCAGACAAUCCGAUCAUUGAAAGAGAAGUCGGCGACAUUAUUCGAGCCGCUGGUGGACACCCGAACCUUGUGCAGUAUACCGACUCGUUCAUUGAGCAGCAGAUGCUAUACCUUGUCAUGGAACACUGCGCUGAUGGCGACUUGUACGACUAUCUGUGCAGACGUCGGCAACGCACCCUCUCGUGCAUGAACGCGCUGAGCGUGUUAUCACAAGUGGCUGCAGGCCUGGCCUUCCUGCACCAGCACGGCAUCGCACAUCGGGACAUCUCGUUAGAGAACAUCUUGUUGCACCGCGGACGGUGUAAACUUGGAGAUUUUGGGUUGGCUACUCGAGCACGACGAGGCGGUGGCCGUAAUGUGGGCAAGAAAUACUACAUGGCACCCGAGAUUGUUACGGGCGGCCCGUACGAUCCCAAGGCUGCAGAUGUGUGGUCGCUGGGCAUCGUGCUCUUCAUCAUGCUGACGGGAUCACCCCUGGUUGCGCUGGCGUCCAUGACUGUGAAGUCGUUUCGAGCGUUCAAGCAAGCUGGUAUCGCCACUGUAUUGGAGUCGUGGGGCGUAGCAGGUUCCAUGUCCAGCAACGCGCUACUGUUGCUGGCGGGCAUGCUGGAGAUUGACCCUCGAAAGCGUUUGACGGUCGAGCAGGUGCUGGAGCAUGCUGCCAUGAACGAGUGGUUUAACUCGUUAGCGCAGAAUUAG